AUGCGGACCUGUGCGCGGUGGAGGAGCCGCGGCGGGAGCCUCCUCCUCCGGCUCCGCUGGAGGAUGCCGCUCCUGCUCCUGGCGCCGCCGGUUCUCCUGGCGCUCCAGCUCCUCCUCGUCGUCGGGCCGCGGUUCCCUUCAGCCGCCGGGGCCGGGCCGGAGGAGCAGGAGGACGCGGUCGCCUUCUCGGUCAUUAGCAUCGAGCCAGAGAGGAGUAACCCGUCCCUCCGCCGGGGAAUCCCGUCCUCCUCCUCCUCCCGCAGACUGGGUCCGGAGGAAGAGGAAGAGGAGGUGGAAGAUGGAGAGAGAGGGGAGGGAGCCCGAGCCUAUGAGGAUGAGAACGAGAUACAUCAGGUUGGAUCCAGAGCCCUGGAGGUGCAGCCGUGGGCGGACAACAAGCCGUCCUUCACGGCAGAGCUCAGUCGUCUCAUCACGUACAUCACCAGGCCACAGCUGAACUGCUCCAGGGUUUUAUCUCCCGGUCAGGCUCAGGCCUCACAGCCCCCUGCCGCCUCACCCCACUGGCUGCUGUGUGCUGAGGACUGGCUCCUUCCAGUUGCACACAGGCCAUGUGUUGCAUACUCCUUCAGUAUGGAUGGAAGAGAUGCAGACUUUGUCAAGACUGUGACUGGGCUCGGAUGUGAGGUGCACAGGUUUGAUCCCAGCAACUCCAAUACAGCUAAUGGUCACCUUAGCAACAGUUUGGCUAGUAACCACAGCGACAGAGGUGUGGUCAGCCAGCACAAGAUGUGGCUGGAGUGGCGUGCUCCAAGGAGGCGCAAGCGCAAGGCAAGAGGCAACCUGGGUAGUGUCUCGCAAACACUGGCAGACAUCAUGGCAGCUCUCGGACAUCACACUGUUCACUUUAUGUUCGCCGACCUGCUCAGCGCAGAGUGGCGAGUUUUCCAGAACUGGAUUGAGUCAGGAAGUCUGCAGAGUGUCCAUCAUCUGGUCGCCACAGUGCAUCUGCAAUGGGCAGGGUUUGAGGUGGGAGGAACCGAUGAGGAGGUGCUGUGCUAUUGGUUCAGCAUCCUGCAGGGCCUGAGAGCUUCUGGCCUGAAGCUGGUCCACAGCUCUGCAGGAGAUGGUCACAGUGUCCUGAAGCGGACUGUGGGCGACGCUCACAGCUCUUACACACUGAGCUGGGUCAACACAAGACAUUAACACACACACAUGAACGUGUACAGGUGUACACAUGUGACUACACAAGAUGCAUGGCCUCAAAUGAGUUUCCUACAAUGAACUCCCCCACCCCCCUUUCAUUUCAGGCUCACACAUUUCUUAACAUGACAUCGCCCUCUUGUGGAGAGGAAUGGACGUUUCUUUCUGUGACUCCACCCUCAGAGGGAGAUACUGCUGUGUCUGUACAUACACUGGCUAAUUUGACCAAAUAUGGAGAAGAAGGAGGUUUUCAUGAUAUAACCUGGCAACAGCAUAGUGAUGUAAUAAUUACAGAUUCAUUUCUGUCUGACGUGCACAUUUUCAUUUCUUUUUUGUCCUCGUUAUUUUUAUGUAUUUGAACCAUAGAUAUUUUGAUGAUGUAGUAUUUUAUGAAUAUCAUAUUCAUACUAUAAUUAUUCAGUGCAAUCCCUUUUGCAGUUUUUGGCUCCAGCAGUGGUUUGAACAUAGAUUGUGUGCAUCUGUGUAGGCCUUUGAAAGCUUUUAUAUGUGCAAUAAUUGUUUACAUUGAAGAGAGGCUUUGGUUAUAUUAAGACUGAUUGUCCCUGCUGUAAAAUAUAUGGAAAUUCUUCUAUGAAACUGAUGUAUUGUUUGCACUGUGCUGUACAACAAAAAAGAUGUGUCACAAAUGUGGUUUUAUACAGCAGUAAAAA